AUGGCUGGUGAUAAUGAAGAGCAGAGACUCAUUGAACCCAGAACGGGCUCGAACUCUUCCAAGACUUCAGAACCAUGGGAGAAUUCCAAUCAUCCUCUUUUCCUUCAUUAUUCGGAUCAACCAGGCGCUGUCCUUGUUUCACAACCGCUGAUGGAAGACAACUAUACGACAUGGGUGCAGUCAAUGAUCAUGGCACUCACUAUCAAAAACAAGAAGGGGUUUAUUGAUGGAACCCUAAAAAGGCCGACUCACAACCCUAAUGAACAACUGCAAUGGGAUCGAUGCAACGUCCUUGUCAAAACUUGGUUGCUUGGAGCUAUGUCAAAGGACAUCUCGAGCAGUGUCAUCCAUUGCAGGGAUGCUAGAGGUAUGUGGUUAGAAUUGCAAGAGAGAUUCUCUCACACUAAUACCGUGUUGUUGUUUCAUAUAGAGAACGCCAUACAUGAAUGUGAGCAAGGCACCAACUCAGUCACUUCCUUCUUCACAAAAAUCAAAAGCCUAUGGGACGAAAAGGAUGCUCUCUGUUCCUUUCCUCCUUGUACCUGUGAAGCAGCGGCUGAAGUUAAGGAUUUCAUGGAAACGCAAAAGACCAUGAAAUUUCUUAUGGGACUUAAUGAGAAUUUUGCACAAACCCGCAGCAACAUCAUAGGGUUGGAUCCACUUCCGAACUUGAACAAAACCUAUGCGAUGGUGCUACGCCAAGAGAAGCAGGCAGAGACUACUGCCGGAAAAUCCACGACACCACCAGAAUCUUCAGCCUUUUCUGUGAAGAAAAUGACUCGUGAUUUCAGGUCUGUAGAAGGAGAAGCCAAGUUUUGUGAAAAAUGCAACAUGACCAACCAUAACACAAAGAAUUGCAGAGCUCAUCUCAAAUGCACAUAUUGCAAUGGGAAGGGACAUACCUAUGACUACUGCCGAAGGAGGAAGAAUGCUGCUGAAAGUGGCCAAGCAAGAUCAAAAGCAAAUAAUGUAGCCCCUCAAGAUGAUCACAAGGAAGCUGCGGCUAAUUUCCCUUUUUCACGAGAAGAGUGCCAUCAACUUCUCAAUCAGUUGUGA